GUCCGGGCCCCCAACUGCUUUUUUUUUUCCCUUCCCUCCGCUCCACCCAACAGACGAAACGGAAAAGAAAAGAAGGAAAAAAACCCCCCAUCCCAGCUCCUCAGCCCAGGAGAUUCGGUUAGAUUCGUUCAUCUACCGCGGGAUCUUGCCAACCAACCAAUCCAUCCAUACCGCCUAGGAAGGGAAGGGAAAGGUCGGAAGCCAGUAGUUUCACCCGCAUAUACCCAUAGAUAUAUAUACGGAUAUCAUCCCACACGCGGACCGAGAUGGCGAACUUCCUGAGGAGAUCGAAAAGCACUCGUGAUACAAGGAGCACCUCGAGGCCCGCAUUCCAUAGAGACCAACAUCAGGACGAUCCGCUUGCGUUUCCGUUUCCGUUUCCGCUUCCGCCUAAGACUACGACUGGUUCGAAGGAUACUACUACUACCGCUACUACCGCUACUACCGCUACUACUAGCACUUCCACUACAGCAGCUACAACGAGGACUCCUGCUGAGGUUCUACUCUCGCCGUCGAUACUGCGCCGUUCCCCAUCGGGCUUUGGAAGAAGAAAGGCUGGUACCGAACGAUUAUAUGGUGAAGGAGGAGGAGGAGAGGAGGAAACAACAUCGACUGGAACGUCGAAUCUAUUCCGGCUGAGCCGCAGAAAGAGCAUCUCCAGCACGCGGGAAUCCAUGAUGGCACUCGGUCUACCGGAGACGUGGAACCCACCCUCAUCCGCGAACCCAAUGGAGCGGAAGAAGAGGACCUCGAUAUUCUUCGGACUCGCAUCGCCACUUCUACCAGCGUCCUCAACGCAGCCGAAGAAGGCGCCACACUCGCACCCGCCGCAGCCGGUAAAGCUCUCCGCUUUCCCGCCGCGGCUGAGACAGCAGCAGACGUCACCACCGCCGCCUCCGGUGGAGGAUGCAACUGUGGGCGUGGCUAUCGGAGAGGAGAGUUAUAUCGGGAUGGCCCUCGGGAGCCCGUCGGAGGGAUUGAUCGCGCAGCGGAAGGAGGCAUUCCGGAGCAUGGAGGCGCUCGGGCAGGCCGGGAGCCCGGCAUUCGUGCUUCCGGCCGAGGCAUUCGUUGUUGCGUCGCCGUCCGUGCCACGGCCGGCAACAUCACGAUCGAGGAAGGGGAGCAAUGGGUCCCAUGGGUCCAGCUCAAGGGAGAAGCUCGAGGAGCCACCCAAGACGGCUGGGUGGAAACGGGUGUUUGGACGUGGGUUGUUUGGCAGCAGGAAGGGCAAGUCGCAGAAAGAGCCGGUACCGGAACUUCCGGUUCAUAUCCCCGAACCACCGAAAACGCCGGCGUCGAAAUUGAAGAAAUGGAAGUCUGCCAGGGACCCUAAGACGCCGUGCUUGGAUGUAAAUAUCCCAUGCGUCGAGAUGGAGAGGUACUCGGUCAUGUUUGGAAACCUUCUCCCGCCGAGUGAGAAGUCGUCGCUGUUUGCGAGACGAAGAUCGAGGGAUGUGUAUGGUGCCCACUCGGCGAGUGGGCAGAGUAGCAGUGAUGAGCAGAUUGAGAACCAAGAUGACGCGCUGUCGAAACUUCAGGGAACAUAUCAGGCUCCACCCGAAGUCCCACAGAUUUCCAUUCAGGCCUUGAAACGUAACGCCACAACCAGUGCCAUAUCACCCCGGUCACCGCUCUCCCGCCUAGGCGACGAUCUCCGUCGCAUCAGCCAGGAAAGCCGCCGCUCCACUUCCUCCUCCCCCUCCCUCUCCUCCUCCCCCCACCCGCACACGCUCAGUCCUCAGCCCUCGCCGCGCAUGCCUUCCCCGCGCAUCCCCUCCCCGCGCCUUAUGCGCUCCAAAACCACCGGCAGCAUACCCUCACCGCGCGCAUACGCCUUCACCGUGAACGACAUGCUCUCGCCGCCGCCACCACUAACCCACACACCACUGCCCAACGAGUAUCCCUUCGCCGCACACGACCAACAGGACAGCGACGAGCGCAGCACCAGCCGCUGCUCCAAAAUCUCCGAGGAGUCCGUCUCCAGCAUUUCCACGCCGCCCGGCAGCUACGACGAAGGCGACGACGGCGCAUGGAUGGCGCGCAGCGCCUGCGACGACGCCGAGCCCGCGUGGGAAAUGGUCACCCGGCCCUCGACCGCCGGGCCUCCUUACCGGGACGAUGACGAAAUCUCAGUAGCAGCCCAAAUCAGCAUCGCGCGGCAGAUCAGCCUCAGCCAGCGGCAGCUACUACUGCCGAUCGUGCCGAAAUCCCAGAUGCUCGUCAGCAGAAGGAGCAUUAAGGAUCCCAGCUGCAUCAUGAAGCCCCGUCUCGUCGAGCACAGGACUAGUACUGCUGCGGCGAAGCGGCCGCCGGAGAGGGCGGUUAUUGAGGGCUUGAGAUCGGUCGAUGAGUUGGGAGAGGCGGGAAGCGUGGUGAGGAUCUGAGGGGGGGG